CACUUUAUGAAAAUGCACGCCGAAAAGAAGCAUAAGUGUAGUAAGUGCAGCAACUCCUACGGCACCGAGUGGGACUUGAAAAGGCACGCCGAGGAUUGUGGCAAGACCUUCCAGUGCACGUGCGGCUGUCCCUAUGCCAGCAGGACCGCCUUACAGUCCCACAUCUACCGAACUGGCCACGAGAUCCCCGCAGAGCACAGGGACCCACCUAGUAAGAAAAGGAAAAUGGAAACCUGCCUGCACAGCCAGAAGCUGUCCGGUAAGACCACUGAGUCAUUGAGCAGUCAGCCAGCUCCAAGACCAGACCCUCAAGAACUAGAAACCUCAGAAAUAAAACUAGUCACUACUUUGGAAGACUCUUGCAACUCUACUGCCGGAAAGCAGACUCUUACGACACCUCCAAGAUGCCCUCAGAAGUUGCUUUUACCCAAGCCCAGAGUGGCUCUGGUGAAACUUCCUGUUCUGCAGUUUUCUCCCACGCCUGUCUUUGUGCCUACAGCCGACUCCUCGGCCCAGCCCGUGGUGUUGGGCGUGGAUCAUCAGGGUUCCGCCCCGGGCGCUGUGCACAUACUGCCCUUGUCGGUCGGAACCCUGAUCCUCGGCCUAGAUUCCGAGGCUGGCUGUCUCAAGGAGAGUCUCCCUCUUUCAAAAAUUGUGAAUCCUGUUGCUCUGGAGCCAGUUAGUACAGGUGUUCAGGUGAACUUGGGCAAGAGCCUGUCUAAUCCUUUACAAGAACUAGGAAACACAUGUCAGAAGAAUGGCAUUUCUUCAAUCAACGUGCAGACGGACCUGUCUUACGCCACACAGCACUUCAUACCUUCCUCCCAGUGGGCCGGCCCUGAUUCCUCCGUAUCUUCCUGUUCUCAAACGGAUUUGACGUUUGGUUCCCAAGUCUCCCUUCCCAUUAGUGUUCACACUCAGACAUUCUUACCCGGUUCUAAGGUAACCUCUUCCAUAGCCGCUCAGACUGACACGUUCGCAGAUGCCUGUUACCAGCCAGGUGGGAUCUCCAGAGAAACCCAGACCAGCGGGAUGCAGAGUCUGACAGACGGCCGAGUCCAGAUGGACCAAGCUGUAACGUGUGGAGACAUUUUUGAGAGCGUCCAUUCGUCCUACGGUGUUUCCACAGACAAUAUCAUAAGCAGCAGCCUAGUAGCAGGGACUGUCACUCAUGGUUUGUUACCUCAGAACCACCCUAAGACUUUAAAUCAAGAUAUUGAGAAAUCUGCACCGAUUAUAAACUUCGGCGCACAGCACAGUAUGCUUCCUUCACAGAACAUGACGGACAAUCAGACCCAGACUAUGGAUUUAUUAAGUGAUUUAGAAAACAUCUUGUCAAGUAACCUGCCUGGUCAGACACUGGACAGUCGUAGUCUUUUGUCUGACCCGAAUACUGGACCUGACACCCAGCUCCCAUCUGGCCCAGCCCAGAAUCCCGCAAUCGAUUUUGAUAUCGAGGAGUUCUUUUCCGCCUCAAAUAUCCAAACUCAAACUGAAGAGAGUGAGCUUAACACCAUGGCCACUGAGCCAGUCUUGGAAUCUCUGGACAUAGAGACCCAAACUGACUUCUUCCUUGCGGACACCUCUGCCCAGUCCUAUAGCUGUAGGGGAAAUUCGAACUUCUUAGGCCUUGAAAUGUUUGACACGCAGACACAGACAGACCUAAACUUCUUCUUAGACAGUGGCCCCCAUCUGCCUCUGGGAAGUAUUCUGAAACACUCCAGCUUUUCCAUGAGUACGGAUUCGUCUGACACAGAGACCCAAACCGAAGGAAUGUCCGCUGCUAAAAGCAUACCUGCCGUAGAGAGUAAAGUUCAGUUGAACAGCACAGAAACACAGACCAUGAAUUCUGGCUUUGAGACCCUGGGCAGUUUGUUCUUCACCAGCAACGAAACGCAAACCGCAAUGGACGACUUUCUUCUGGCCGAUUUGGCCUGGAACACAAUGGAAUCUCAGUUCAGCUCUGUAGAAACCCAGACGUGUGCAGAACCACACACGGUCUCCAACUUCUAAACGUGAAGUCUGUGCGCGGGUCGGCCUUUACAGUUUCCUUCCGGGUUCAGCGAAUGGAGGGUAUGGCAACAGUGUUAACGCCGUUGAAUGUAGUUCCUGAUGCGUUUACUUGGGUCCUUGGAGGUUCUUUGCCUUUUGUACUUGUAAACAUGAAAUUUGUGUAUAAAUGUGAGUGUAUUAUAAAGCGUAAGAUGUUGA